CCAAAAUGCAGCACUCACCACUCGACAUCUCUCACAUUCUCUCUUACACUCUCAAUCUCUCUCUGAGCUUAACGGCUGCAUAACUUAGCUUGUAUGAAAAUGAAGGCAACACACAUUGCAGCAGUGUUUUGCACUCUUCUUGUGGUUCUCCUUGCCAAAUCACAGGUCUCAAUGGCGGUAACUUGCAGCCCGGUACAACUGAGCGCCUGCGUGAGCGCGAUCACGACUUCAAGUCCGCCGACUCAGCUAUGCUGCACCAAGAUCAAGGAACAGAAGCCAUGCCUUUGCCAGUACCUCAAGAACCCCAACCUCAAGAAGUUUGUGGACUCACCAAAUGCAAGAAGAGUUGCCAACACUUGCAAAACUCCUUUCCCCAAAUGCUAAGAAACUCCGCCGCCACUAAAUUACAGCCCUUGAAGAGACUCUUUUCAGUCUGUUCUGCACUACUAUGGAUAAUGCUUCUUGGAAUAGUUUCAUGGAUUAGAGACUAGAGAGAGUUAAUUUAUUUAUGUAUUCUUAACUUGGGGUGUUUUGUUGUUAUGUCUAUGUUGUUACUAUGGUACUUCAUGUACUUGGGUUGUGAUGGAAAAUAAUGUUGGGGGUCUUGUUUAGAAUGUUACCACUUUCUGUUACUUUGGUGUGGUGUAUAAGAUAGAAGUUCUUGUUUGCA